AUGCCCCCAUCUCCGCCACGUCACCGAUCCGCACCACCAGCCUCCCACCGCAUCCCACCUUCCGAUCGCAAUCCAACGGCCCAACUCCAGCAUCCCACGGAUCGACCCAGCAGAGAGCAGAGACCUCCCGCCUCCAACUCCCGAAAAUUUCGGGGCUUCCCUCGCAACCCCAGCCCAUAUAAAGCCGUCACCUCCGAUUCCCCAAUCCAUCCCAAGCUUCAACAUCCACACGAGUCCUUCUUCUCUCAAACAAAAACAAAUCCAGCGACGAUGUCUGGGCGCGGCAAGGGCGGCAAGGGGCUGGGAAAGGGCGGCGCCAAGCGCCACCGGAAGGUCCUCCGCGACAACAUCCAGGGCAUCACCAAGCCGGCGAUCCGGAGGCUGGCCAGGAGGGGCGGCGUGAAGCGCAUCUCCGGCCUCAUCUACGAGGAGACCCGCGGCGUCCUCAAGAUCUUCCUCGAGAACGUCAUACGCGACGCCGUCACCUACACGGAGCACGCCCGCCGCAAGACCGUCACCGCCAUGGACGUCGUCUAUGCCCUCAAGCGCCAGGGCCGCACCCUCUACGGCUUCGGAGGCUAG